AAAAAAAAGAUACAAAAGAAUGGUCAACAUACCUACAGCUCCUGCUGGCCUCGAGGCUGAAGGAAUAUUUGUUCAACCAUUAACUCCUAUUGGCAAUAGUCUUAUCGGUUCAUUCUUUGUCGGCCUGAUUCCUCUUUUAUUAGUGUUAGUUUUGUUGGGCAUUUUUAAAGUUCCUGCCCAAUAUUCAUCCUUAUCUGGUCUUAUUGUUUGUAUAUUUAUUGCAAUUUUCGGUUGGCAUAUGCCUGCACAAAAAGCUUUUGAAGCAAUUGGAAAUGGAGUUGUCUUUGCUAAUUGGCCAGUUAUGUGGAUCGUCGUGAAUGCGAUGUUUGUAUACAAUAUAACCGUGUUUUCAGGCCUUUUUGAUUAUUUUCGUAGAUGGAUUUUAGCUUAUACCCCUCCUGAUACAAGAAUUAUUUUAUUGAUUAUCGGUUACUGUUUUGGUGCUCUUUUAGAAGGUGUGGCAGGUUUUGGUACACCAGGUGCUAUUUGUUCAUCAUUAAUGGUGUCUGUUGGAUUUGAUCCUUUAGAUGCAUUAACUUAUACAUUGUUAUUUGAUACAACACCUGUAGCAUUUGGUGCCUUGGGUAUUCCCGUCACUACAUUAGCAUCUAUCACAGGUUUACCUGUAAUGAGUUUAUCAGCCAUGAUGGGUCGUCAAUUACCCCUUUUAAGUUUACUCCUUCCUUUCUAUGCAAUGAUAUUUUUUGCAGGUUUUAGAGCUGGUCUUAUUGAGUGCUGGCCAGUUGCACUUGUAGCUGGUUUAUCAUUUGCUGUUACUCAGGGUAUCUUUGCAAAUUUAGUGGGUCCUGAAUUGCCAGACUUAAUUGCUGGUAUUGUAUCUUUAGUGGCUGUUAUUGGUUUUGUUCAGUUCUGGAGACCUAAAUAUCGACCUGAAUACUAUGCCACGAUGCAUACUACCAAGUCAUCUAGUAUAGAUGAAGAGAAUACCCAUAAUAAUAAUUCACAAUCAGAUUGUAAUGAAAAUCAAUUGGAUAGAGUAAACACUACAUCAAGUAAAAUAGAAGCAUCUGAAAUUGAAGUUGCAAACUCACAAGAGGAAGGAAACGCUAUUGAAAAUAUCGCUGAUAAAACAUCUUCUCAAGCUGAUCAUGAUAUGGGUCCUUAUAAAACUAAAGAAAAACCUUCGGAAAUGGAGGUAUUGAAGCCUAAUCUUCGAGAAGCUUUAUUAGCCUGGAGCCCAUGGAUUCUGAUUGUCCUUGUUGUUAUUAUUUGGACAUUUGCCAAGGUCCCCGAUUAUGGACGUACCUUAGUCCAAUGGCCACAUCUCCAUGAAGAAGUCUAUUUGACCCUUUAUGGUAAACGUUAUAGUGCCAUUUGGAAUUUUGAACCUUUAGGAACUGGUACUGCCAUUCUUGUUUCAGCCUUCCCAUUUGCUGCUAUUGUUCUCUGGAAUGGUUCUCAUCCAAAGAUCUUUUGGCUCGCCUUAAAAGCAACAUACCAUCAACUUCUCUUACCCAUCUUUACUGUUUCCUUCAUUAUGUCCUUUGCAUACCUUUAUAAUUAUUCUGGUAUUGCCUACACAGUCGGCUUAACAUUAUCUUCUGUUGGACGUGCCUUCCCAUUCUUGUCGGCGUGGUUAGGUUGGUUUGCUUGCUUUUUAUCAGGUAGUGAUACAUCAGCUAACUCCCUUUUCGGUAAUUUGCAAGUCGUGGCUGCUAGAGAAAUUGGUUUAUCUGCAGUCUUGAUGGCUGCCACAAACUCAAGUGGUGCAAUCACAUCCAAGAUGAUUUCACCUCAAAACUUGACAACUGGUGUUUCUACUAUUGGUUUGAAAGGUCAAGAAGGAAAAGUCUUGAGACGCACCAUCUUACAUUCACUUUUCUUAGUCUGUUGUGUAGGUGCAAUGGCCUGUGUACAACAGUAUGCUAUACCUGGUAUUAUUCCUCCUGGUGAUCCAUAAUAAAAAAAAUAAAAAUGAAACCACACGAAAAAAGAAGAAAAAAAAAACUCACCCUAUUUAAACAUGUUUAAAUUAUUUAAUUUCCCUUUACUUCCUUUUCGUAUUACCAACACUUCCCCAUCCCCGUUCCCGCCCCCCUUAUAUACACAUAACAUAUAACAUACAUAUAAAUAUAAAUAUGAUAACUACUUUGUCACAUAAUAAUAGUAAUAUGGCAUGAUAAAUUAUUAUUUGUCAUGUUUCAAUAAAUGAUUGAAUAUAAACUA